AUGGCAACCCAACUCCUCGCCCGCCGCGGCUUCUCCUCCACUGUCCGUCGAGCAGACAAUUUCAGCCCUUAUCACUACCCUGAAGGUCCUUACACCAACUUGCCUUUCAACACAAAGACGAGAUUCUUUUGGCUACGAUACUGGGGUUUCAUGUUCACUGGAUUCGCUAUCCCGUUCGGCAUGGCCGUCUGGCACACAUACAAGGCUUGA